UUGUACUUGUUCACUGAAUCACUACUUCGCGAGGUCAGCCGUCAACGCAUCAGCAGCAACUAGCAAGGCCGCCAAGCGGCCCAGGACCCAGGCCAGCUCCAAGCGAACAGCCUACGUACGACUCUAUACCUCUCGCCCUCUGAGUCUCGCGCGAUCAGGCUGCAGGCCAUCUGGGCUCCGGCUUCCGGCAUCCACCAGGCGUCAAUACGGUGCAGCGAGCAGCGAGCAGCAAGUCACCGAGCAGCCGAGCGACCGCCGAGCACAGGGCACCACCGAGCAGCCGAGCCACCGCCGAGCACCGAGUCUUCUCUGUUCUUCUGCGGCGAACAAGGUCAAUCCAGGGCCGUGGUGCGGGUGCUGGUUUUUUUUUUCCAACAAGUUUAUGUUGGUCGCUCGACCGCUGCAGCAAUGAAGAUACAGAAAGCAAAUGCAGGUGUCCUUACAAACUUCGAAGUCCUUGACUUCUUGCGGUCAAGAGGUGCCAAAAUUGACCCAAUGGGAUGUUUGGGGGCUGUUGCUGUAUCAGAGUGUAAGGUGUAUGAGUAUAUCUUAAAAACCCCUGCUUGCAACCAGACAAGGGAAUCCAUUUAUGAAUUUGUGAAGAGAAGUGAGGGUUUCAGGCUUGCAGAGGCUGAUAAGUUAAAUGUCAUCAACUGGAGACCAUCCUCAGCUGCCGAUGCCUAUGCGAUGAUAGAAGAAUGUGGGAAACGAUUUUCCAGGGAUGAACGAGGAGAAGCAUGUGAUGAAGAUGAACGAGUCCAGGAGUUUCUUGAUAUGGUGAAGGAGGUUUUGCCAGCCCCUCCGAAAGCAGAGGUGGAGACAGCAGAGGCAGAGGCAGAGGCAGAGGCCGAGGCGGUGGAGGCAGAGGCCGAGGUAGAGGCAAUGCAAGAGUGAAUGUGGUGUAAGUUAACAUAUUUGAGGGCCAGAUUGCAUUAGACACUAGUGCUAAGUGCUGCAAGGAAACUUAGAACACUCAGGUCGGCUGUUAGUUCUGGAAGCUUUCCCCCUAAUGCUUCGUUUGAAUAUUAUCGUAUUCAUCUCAAUCCAUGUAUAUUGAGGUGGAUUGAGGCGUAAAUUAAACUAUUUUACACUCCAAUCUGCCUCAAUACACAUGGAUUAAGGUGAAUAUAGGAGUAUCCAAACAAGCCCUAAAGUUUUUUACUCUUAACCAUAUUCUACACUCGGCUGUGUUUAUUGUGAUAUGCUGUGAUCUGCAUUCUGGGCAGUGCUUCAUCAUUUAACAGAAACCCCAGCUGUGUAUUGCCCCGCGAAAUUAUGACUUGCACAGUGUUACAAAAACCUAGUACCAAGUUACUUCAA